AGAGGCGGGGCUCGCCUGGAGAGCGAAGGGUAAAAGCGGCAACCGGUUUUCUGAGGCUCUACCGGGCCCUUUCUGCUACGAAGCCUCCUGAUCCUGGCGCUGGUGUUCGGGACGAACUCGCGUACGUCGUAGAGACGGGCCCAAGGUCUCGUGAAGGCGGUGUUGUCGAAGGCCCGAAGGGGACUGGGCGGAGCGAUGGAGGAGGAUAUGAUGGUCGCGCUGCAGUUGCAGGAGGAGUGGGACGCGCAGGCUGCUAAGCGCGCAGCGCGGGAGCCCCUGUCGUUGGUGGAUGCGUCCUGGGAACUGGUGGACCCCACCCCAGAUCUGCAGGCCUUAUUUGUGCAGUUCAACGACAGGUUUUUCUGGGGCCGGCUGGAGGCGGUGGAGGUGAAGUGGAGCGCGCGCAUGACUCUGUGUGCUGGGAUUUGCUGCUAUGAGGGCAGUGGUGGAAUGUGUUCCAUCCGUGUCAGUGAACCCCUUUUAAAGUUAAGACCAAGAAAAGAUCUUGUAGAGACCCUCUUGCAUGAAAUGAUACAUGCCUAUUUAUUUAUCACUAAUAAUGAUAAAGACCGGGAAGGACAUGGUCCAGAGUUUUGUAAACAUAUGCAUCGCAUCAACCACCUGACUGGAGCCAAUAUUACGGUGUACCACACAUUUCAUGAUGAGGUGGAGGAGUACCGCCGACACUGGUGGCGCUGCAAUGGGCCAUGUCAGUAUAAGCAGCCAUAUUAUGGCUAUGUCAAACGUGCCACCAAUAGGGCACCCUCUGUACAUGACUACUGGUGGGCUGAGCACCAGAAAACCUGUGGAGGCACUUACAUAAAAAUCAAGGAACCAGAGAAUUACUCAAAGAAAGGAAAAGGGAAGACAAAACUACAAAGGCAGCCCAUAUCAGCCAUGAAGAAUAAAGAUAACCCCAGUAGAGGUGAGGCUCAGCCACUAAUCCCUUUCAGUGGAAAAGGUUAUGUUCUGGGAGAGGUGAGGAAUCCACCUUCAUCUGGGAAAUCGAUUGCCUCACGUGCUAUCAAUGAUUCUCAAGAUGUUUUUAGUGAGGACCAUUCAGCACAUGCUGUAAGACCUGAUUCUGUCGCCGAGGCAAAAUUCAAACAGAAUGGUUCAAGUAAAUCUCAUGUAUUCCCUCCAGUGCAAAGUGUUCUAAGCAGCUACUUUCCCAGAGUCUCAGUUGCCAACCAAAAGGCUUUCAGAAGUGUGAGUGGAUCCCUAUCAAAAAAUAGGACUGUUGGUGACAUCACUAAACACUUAGUGUCUUCUAGUUCUCAAAGGAGGGUUCCAUCUUCUAAGACACCGCUAAGAAAUCCCUCCAAAGUGAUGGCCUCAACAUCCAUAACUGCAUCCCCGCAUGGGAGUGGGUCCAAAGACAAGUUCCCAGGCAAGCGACCCAGGCUGGAAGACAAGACCGUUUUUGACACAUUUUUUAUGAAGAACAAAGUACAGAGUGAUGGAAAUGAGCCAGAUAGUACUUCAGACUCCACAGCUACAACUCAGAGUUCCAGCAGCUUUUGCAGUCAGAACCAGCUGGUCAGCUGUCCAGUGUGUCAGAGUGAAGUUGUGGAGUCACACAUCAAUGAGCACCUGGAUCAGUGCCUGGAAGGUGGUGCCAUCAGUGUCAAAAGCUGAAAUGCCUGAAAAACAAUUUUCACCUGCUUCCUGCUUUUCCUCACAAGCAAAUGAGAUAAGUGGCCAACUACUAGAGAGGUUCUGGUUGGCACUAAGUCUGAAGGUCAGGAUGUAGUUCACACAGCCAGUAAAAACAUUCUAUUUUAUGUAUACAUACAUGAGACUGUAGUUAAUACUACUACUUUACAUCCAGCUGGGAAUGGUGGUACCCCUGAGGUCCCAGCUACUCAGGGAGGAUUUCUUAAGCUCGUGAGUUCAAGACCAGCCUGAGCAACAUAAGCACCAUUUAACAGAAAGGGUUUUUACAUCUCAGGCUGCUGUAGUCACUCUUGCCUUAUUUGCGCCAUAGGCCAGGGUUUAUUCUGCAUGGAUAGUCUUAGAUACUUUUAUUCUUUCUUGAUCUUGAUGGUCUUUAAAAUUAAAUUUCUGUCUGGAAUCUCGUCAAGUAUUUGGUUAAGUUGAAUAUUUCUUUAUUAAAAUGCAUUCCCUGAACUCAUGUUCAUCUUCACAGUGUGAGACUUCACAUAAGCAAUUUGGAGUGCAAAAUGGAACAGUUCUUUCAUUCAAGGUUUUUGUUCUUCCAAUUUUUUUUUCCCAAAAAGCUUAGGAAAUAAAUUUUCUGUAUCUCAAAGAAUUUUCUAUGUUCCACUUUUAGUAGAGGUGACAGCAAAUUUUGGGCUAAAAUAGAUACAGAAUCUAGUAAAAUAGUAUUAUUGAUGACAAGUAGCCAUUGUAAUUCUGUAAGCCAUGUUUUGUGUUAAUUUUCUACUCAGUACUGUAUUUAUCAAAGUGAGUGGUCAAAGCUCAGGGCUGGCAAGUAACUGGUAUGUGUGACAUAACAAAGUUGCCUGUUUCAUGGGGUAUAAAAUACCUGCCAAACAGCAUGUCAGACCUACAGCCAAAAUUGAAACUAUUAUAAUAAAAGGAAUACCAUUUGUGCACUUAAAAAUUUAUUCUUUUUGCAAAUGCAGACACUCAUUUCAGUGUUUCAGUAGAGGGACAAGGUAUUUGUAUCCAUUUACUUCUUUUCCCACAGUUGUACUGGUCGCCACAGCCUUAGUUAUUCAGUUUUUGUUGUUGUUGGAAUAUAACUUACACACUGCAAGGUGCACAAGACUCGAGGAUAAGCCAGAGCAAACUUGCCUAGCAUUUACCUGUGUAACUUAAAAAUUAAAACUCUUUACUCUGGGAGACUCCUGUGAUUGCCUGUUUCUGGCCUGUGCCCACCACACUCACCAUCCCCAGGGGCACCACUGUUUUCAUCUGUUACGAGAGGUUGGUUUUAGUCUAUUUUUCGAGCUUAAUAAAGUAUCUUUGUUGCUGUACAUAAUAGUCCAUUUUCAUUGUUCUGUACUACUUGUGUAAAUAUAGAAUGUUUUCAUCCUUUGUAAUAUUAAUGAAUAUUCUCAUUGUUCUCAGUUUGAGGUUAUUAGGAAUAAUAGGAGCAGUGCUUAGUCCUUCAAUUGGGUGUAUACUCAGGUGGCUUGUUGGCUUACAGGGUGCAUCUGGGUAGCCUUCCGAAUACUGCUAGUUUACACUCAUCCUAGCAGUGGGAGCGUCUCCAGCAGUGCAGCAUCCGUAACAGUUUUUAGCCUGUGUGUGUGGGUGGAUGUUUUGAUAUUUUUUAAAACAUAAAGGUAAAAUUAUAAUAUUUAUAAAUGGCUAUUAAAAUAUAUGUAUUUUUAAUAUAUACUCUUAAUGUUCAUCAGUUUAACAAAUGCAAUAAAGUACAUUUUUAGUAAAAGCAUGGUUUUGAGUCUGUGGGGAGGCAGGCUGAUGUGAACCUCCAAGUGGCUUAGUGAGUGCUGUGGAAGAGACUGAAGACAGGCUAUUGUGCAGGAUGUCGGGACAGGACAGUCCUGGAGCGGACCUUGUACAGCACGAGUCAUCAGUGAGUGGAGUUAGGUUGGCAAAGGGCCUAGCAGAGCACACUCGGAAGGGAUGAGAUGCUGUUACAGGAAGCGUGGAUAGAAUGCAAGGGGUGACAGGACAGAAGGACAAAGACUGCAGGCAGGAUCUAGCCAAGAAGAGUUGGGGGCGGGAACCAUGUGUGGUAAAUACUAUGUAUAGCGAGCACCUGUGACACGGAACCCCCUUCACAAGGCUCACAGGGCAGCCAGCCACACUUGCAGAGCUCAGGGUG